UGAGUCUCCAACCAAAUUGAAGCCAGUGUUACAACCCUCAACCCUCAUGUGCAGCUGGUACCACAUGAUCCGCAGUGAGUCACGUGCUGCGGACGCCAUUUCUGCCACCCGUGUAUCUCGGAGUGGAUGCAGGUUCAGUGCAGCCAGUGUCCGCUCUGCUUCAGACCCAACACCAGUCACCACGAGGAUCCCAGUCUGGCCCAGAGGAUCCUCCUCUUCCACGUCUACUGCACCUCCAGACAGAAGGGCUGCAACUGGCAAGGCAUGCUACGAGAUCUCGAGCUGCACAUGAGUUCAGACGAAGGCUGUCAGUUCUCGCUGGUCGAGUGUCCACUGGCAGUGUUUGGAUGUAAACAGCACAGUCUCAUGAGGAGAGAUCUCAACAGACACAUGACUGACAAACACACCAAACACAUAACAACUGUCAUUGGUGAGUCACCGAUACGUAUUACAGAGGAACCUCCGAACAAGGGACACUAUGGAGGCAGUGAUUGUAGAGAGGUCGUCCCUAUCUCGGAGGUCAAAUAAUACACUAAAGUCUUAGCAUGGGGUUGAAGCAAGUGUCCUUUGUAAAGCGGUGAUCCCUAUCUCGGAGGACCCCUUAUCGGAGGUUCCACUAUAUUUGACUGUGAGAUUCUAUACUUGACAGUGCAAGCUAUAGAUUUUCUGCAUAACUAGAACAAAUGCAUUUUUAGAAACGCUGUAUAUACUUGAUUUUUGCUCAUGCACACUGCAGCAUUAUUAGUCAGCCGACACAUAUUGAAAAACCAGACAAUUUAGACGACUAGAUAGGCUCACUUCUCUUGCUUUAAUUCUACUGGAGUGUGUGAGCUGUAUAAACUCUGUAUAUUCUUGCUAGUGUGGUGUUUAGCUCAUGGAGUGUGACCUGUACAUGCUAAGAACAAGCAUAUAUGAGGCUGCAUCGUGUGCUGGCAUGUGCAGGUAGCUGCCUAGCACACCAAGCACAUGCGGCUAUACAAAUUCUGUACUGGACCAGUCUCAUGGAGUGUGACACAUGCAUGCUAAAACAUGUGUUGCUAUUAUAGCAUAUCAUUAAUUUUGCAAUUGUAAGGUUUGACAAACACAUUAGGACUGUCAUUCUGAGUUGUGUACUGUGACCACAUUGUCUAGUUUUGAUCGAGGAGUGUGACAUAUACAUGUUGAAAACAUGCACAUGCGGGGCUGCAUGUGAGCUGAAACAAUGUCUGCGUGUGUGAGGCGCCUAAUGUUACGUAACUUUCACCUUAAGUCCUGUGACUGUGGACGCUUCUCCAACUAUUUAACUGACAAGACAACUGCAUGUUUCAUUCCCAACUACUUGAGUGCUGAAGAGAAGCCAAGGAGGAUACUAUUGCAGCUCUUUACUGUUACAUGUGCAUAUCUGUUUGGACUCAUCCAUAGCAAACUGCUACUACAUCUCCAUGUGAGUAUGGAACCACUGCUGCUUUUUACAAGAUAUUUGUAAAGUCUAGGGUUGCAAGUUUCCUAAGGUGGUCUCAAUAGCAUUUUGCAUGUGCCACUUAAAAUCUUCUAUUGCACAUAACAGGGUAUCGGCAUGUCAACACGGUUUGUAUAUAUUCGAUGCAGUUGAACUGAAGCAGACGUCGACUAGACUGGAGAACCAGCAGAGACAGAUGGAGGAGCUGCAGCAGAGAUUUCUUUACUUCUCCUUGCAAAUCAACUCCACUAUCCAGGUGCUGAAGACAUGCUAACCUACUAGAAUGAGUUGGCGAGCCAACGCAAGUAGUUCAUUUUUCACUCCCAUACUUAGAAUUGCAUACAGACAUUAUGGUACAUGUAUACCCGUGCCACAUAUAGUGUAAUCCUAAACCCACAUUCAGAUGACUAGGUAUUACUCUGCCUACCUGCCUACAUGAGUGAAGAGCCAUGCAAGUUUUUAAUGUGUGAACAUCUUGUAAUUGAUUCCUUAUUCUGUGAAUUCAGUGAUAACUGAUAAGCUGUCCUAAUCAAAGAUGGACUGUCAUCCAGCAAUGCAUAAGGGGAUUUUUGUUAUGUAACAUUGCAUAAAGCUAUGUGGCUGUGUAACUUGUGCACAAUAUAGACAAAGUUACACUGUCUCUCUCAACCUGCUAACAGGCCCAGAGUGGACUGGAAGCUAAGACUACUCAACUGCAGCAAGAACUCCAGAGAAUGAAGACCAAGAUCUCCCAAUUGGAGCUCACCCUCAUGAAGCCGGGACAUCUCAGUCUCUCGCUGUUGGACCAGGCCAUCAGCGACACGUUCCCUCCACUGGGGAGGAGGGAGAGGAGCUUCUGCCACGAUGGAGAGAUGGAAGAGGAGGAUGUUGGGCUGAACACGUCACUUCUGCAGGGACUAAGGAGGAUCCAGGACAAGGAGAGUGCGGUGCCACAGGGGGAAAGUGGGUGUGGCUUCUCUGAGCGAUGUCAGGGAGGAAGCGGGGUUGCCGAUUAGUGGGGAUUUACCCACGGAGCUGGCUGUUGGUGAAAAGUCACUGGAGGAAAUGAACUCUGACCUUGUCAAAUCACCCAUUCCCUCACCCCCUGUUCUACCGACAUAUGCAACGACCGUCUCCAGACCAUUCCACCCUGUGCUGCAUGGUCACGGUCCCAUGUCACAAUGCUCCAUUCCAAUCCCCCAACAGUCGUCCAUGUCGCAACUUACACAGAGCACGAGUACUACAACGACAAUCACGGACCCCAUCACCAUGGCAACCGUCGUCAUGGAUACCACCAAGAUUUUGAAUCACCAUAGGAACCAGGAUGACGUGGUGUUCCCCGGCAACA